AUGAAUGAUGGUGCACAUGUAUUGUCUCUGGAUCAGAUCCGCGACGUCAUUGGAUUCCCCUCGCUUGACGACUUGUCAAGCUCACCUUCGGACAUAGACAAUGAUAUACAGAUACUACUUGACUGGAUCCUGCCAAUCAUACCGGAAAAGAGUCUAGAGUUGUGCUUCAGGUCUGGCCUGUUACUGCAGAGAAAUAUCAAUGACGCCACCACCGGCACUGCCACUUCCACAUUUGCGACCCCUGCAACUGGCCCAUUGCUGCAACAAGAUGAGUCUGUUGAUCCGAAAUUCUUGUUGCCAAAAUAUGUUGAUCCCUCACCUAGAGUCAAAUUGGCUGUGAAAAGCUGUUUCAAAAAUGAAUCUGAUCAAUUGAAAUUUAUCGAUCUAUAUGUCAACUCAGUGAAUACCAAAUUGAAAGCGUUGCCACUCUCUGUUGCUUCCCAUCGUUUAUUUAUGGAAUACAUCAACAUGAUCAAGUUGAUGAAGCAUCAAUUUGAGACACAUGUUGACAAUUUCAAUCUUUCCAGCCGAAUAAACUUGGCAUUCACCACAAAGUACAAUUCUGUUUUGACUUCCUUUUUGUUUGAUAAUACUGCUUUCCGAGACGAAUUGAGCAAUUUUUUUGAAAAAUCGUUAUUCAGCGAAGCGACUUUGUCAACGCCACUUUCUUCUUCGAUUACUUUGAAUGUAAUUGAUAUUAUUUCAACUUUGGUAUCGGUGGGCCUAUCAGGAUGUUUGAAUGAGAUCCUUGUUGUGUUGUCCAUUGACAAAAUAAAGGCUUAUACUGAGCAGAUAUGCAGGGGAGUUUGGGACAAGCCAUUAUUGACAUCUAUUGAAUCGUUUAUUCAAAACGACAUAUAUCCAAACUUUUCCAUCAUUGUAAGCUACACCACCCUGUCGAACUUGACUGACACGAUGAAUAAUGUCUACUUGUACGAAUUGAUGAAGAUUGCUCACAUGGAGUUGAUUUCGUUGCGGAUUGAAGAGAUUUACUCAUUGGUUUUGGACUACCCACGUAGUGAGACUGCACUUAAUGAACUCCAUACUUGUUUGCUGAAGAGCAAAAUUGAACAAAGUGACGUGACGAUGAACUCAUCGGGGAUUUUCUCAUACAUGGGUGAUAUCUCACUACUAGCGCAGGCGGAAAAGAGAUCUGAAUUGGUGAAUCGGUUUAUUCUAUAUUGUGACGACAAUUUGCUCCAUGCGGGCGCAAAUACAAUCGAUGUGAUCACCUCCUAUAUCAAGACCAUCAAGGCGUUUUUAUUGAUUGAUCCCAAGGGCGUGCUUCUUGACAAAGUAGUGAGACCAAUUCGUGGAUACUUGAAGACUAGGGAUGAUGUCAUUGUGAAGUUAGUUCAUGGGAUGUUGGACAUGUCUGAGUCAAACAAGUUGCGUGAUUUGGCAUUGGAGUUGAAUUCGACUGAGAAAUACGAUGCUGCGGUGCAAAUUAAAGACGGCAUUGAAGAUUCGUUGGAUUUAAAUUGGGUGCCUGAUCCGAUUGAUGCGUUGCCUGAUUUCAAGAGGGAGAGAGUGAGCGAUACCAUUGAGUCAUUAUUGUCGAUUUUCGAAUCAAAGGAGGUUUUCAUUGAGGAGUUUACGAAAUUGUUUGGACAUCAAUUGAUUGAAUCGACGAAUUUUGAUGUUUCCAGUAUUGAAACAAAAUUGAACUUGUUAAAAUCGCGAUUUGGAAAGGAUAAUUUUACGACUUUGGAUAUUAUGCUUCGUGAUUUCAAUGCAAGCAAGCACUUGAAUACUAGAGGAGGUCGCAAUGUUGCCGUAUUGUCGCAUUUGUACUGGGACUCUGUGUUGGAUCAAUUAGACGAGGAGAAAAACACGUUUAAAUUGCCACCAAAUGUUCAACUGGAUUUCACGAAUUUUGAACAACACUAUAAUACACACCAUCGGGGCAGGUACUUGAAACUUGUGCCGAGCUUGGGCAGUGUGAGACUUCGACUUGAUUUGGGUGAUCAAGUAAGUGAAUAUGAAGUGAGCACGGAUAAAGCGGCCAUCAUUUCUCUCUUUGGUGAUGUUGAUCAUGAUCUCGAUGUUGAUGAUAUUUCCAAAACGUUGAAUAUGCCCUUAUCCAUGGUCAAAGAUGGGUUAUCAUUCUGGAUUGAGCAAGGUGUUAUUUGCGAAUUGAGUAAGAAAAGGUAUAUUGCUAUUGAUGCCAUGAAUUCGUCAGAUGGCAAGUAUUCCAAAUCGCAAUUUGGUGAUUUAGAAGUUAUUGAGCCGUAUGUGAUUCGGAUGUUGCUGAAUAUAACUGCACUCAAUUUUCAAAGAAUGAAGUCUUUGCUUAAAAUGAUGGUUCCCAAGGAUGAAAUCGACAUUGGUGUCGUAGAUGAUACCUUGUUGAAAUCUUAUUUGGAUCACUUGGUUGAAAUUUCAAAGAUUGCAUUUCUUGGUGAAAACUACAGCUUGAAGAAAAAUACAUAA